AUGGGCCACAACUUGCCCAUCAUCAAUGGCCCGCCCAAGCAGUCCCACGUCAAGCAGCUCGGCGGCGCACUGAAGAAGGACUUUCCGUUUGACCCGGAAUGGCUCAAUCUCAACCAUGGCUCCUUUGGCAGUAUUCCCAAUGCCAUGUGCGCCAGGUUACGCCACUAUCAGGACGCGACCGAGGCUCGCCCUGACCAGUUCAUACGCUACGACUACCCCAGGCUACUGGAUGAAUCACGCGCCGCCGUUGCAGACCUGGUCAACGCUCCCGUCGAGACCGUUGUCUUCGUCACCAACGCUACCGAUGGCGUCAACACCGUCUUCCGCAACCUGACCUGGGCAGAGGACGGCAAGGAUGUCAUCCUGACCUUCUCCACCGUCUACGAGGCCUGCGCAAACGUGGCCGACUUCAUAGUCGACUACUACAACGGCGAGAUCGAGCACCGGCCCAUCCCCAUUUCCUACCCGCUUGAGGAUGACGAGAUCCUCGAGGCCUUUCGGGACGCGGUUCGGCGUGUCGAGGCUGACGGCAAGAGGGCCCGCGUCUGCAUCUUCGACGUCGUCUCCUCUAGGCCCGGCGUUCUCUUCCCCUGGGUCGACGUGACAAAGGCGUGCAAGGAGCUGGGCGUCAUCAGCAUGGUCGACGGCGCCCAGGGUAUUGGUAUGGUUCCUCUCGACCUGACUGCUGCCGACCCGGACUACUUCGUCUCCAACUGCCACAAGUGGCUGCAUGUCCCCCGAGGCUGUGCCGUCUUUUACGUGCCUCUCCGCAACCAGCAUCUGCUGCCAACGACGCUCGCCACCAGCAACGGAUACAUUGCCAAGUCGUCGCCCCGCGGCUCACCGCUCCCGCCAAGCGCCAAGGGCGUCUUUGUCAACAAUUUCGAGUUCAUGGGCACCAAGGAUAACGGCCCGUUUCUGUGUGUAAAGGACGCCAUUGCCUGGAGACGGGACGUUCUCGGCGGCGAGGACAGAAUCUUGGCGUAUCUAUGGGACCUAAACAAACGAGGUAGCCUGCACGUCGCCGGCGCUCUGGGCACGGAGAUUCUGGAGAAUAGCAAAGGCACUUUGACCAACUGCAGCAUGGGCAACGUCGCGCUGCCCAUAUGGAUCGGCGAAAAGGGCGAAAACGCCCGAGACAGCGACGCCCUCGUCGCGGACAAGGACGCCGGCACAGUGUUUCAGUGGAUCGCAAGGACCAUGGUCGACGACUACAAGACCUUCAUGUCGCUGUUUGUGCUCAAUAACCGUUUCUGGGUGAGAAUCAGCGCCCAGGUGUACUUGGAUAUGAGGGACUAUGAGGUUGCCGCCAAUGUCCUCAAGGAACUGUCGGCGAGAGUGAGCGCGAAAUGGGGUUAG